AUGGAUAAAUUUUUAUUAAGUUCUCCAACUCAAUUAGCUCAACCAUAUGAUGAAAGUACUUUAAAUUUUGAUAUUUAUGAUCAAACAAUAAAUUUACAACAACAAUUUAAAAAUUUUAAUAACAAUAACAAUAUUCAAUAUAAUGAUAAUAUUAAAAUUGAAGAUAAUUUAAAUUUAAAUUUGAAUAAUGAUCAUCAAUUCAAUUCACAGCAAAAUCAUCAACAAUAUCAACAAAAUCAGGUACAGCUACAACAGCACCACCAACAGCAGCUACAACAGCACCCAUUAUACUCCCAAAAUAUCAAUCUACAAGAAAAAAAUAAUUAUUAUACCCCAGGUGGAAAUGAUAAUAAAAGAAAAUACAUAAACAAUGCACCAAUUUUUGAAAAUGAAAUUGUACCAGUAUCUACAAAUUUACCAGAUAAUAAAUCAUUUAUGACUGAUGAUUCUGGUUUGGGGAUUAAUAUUAUGGAUAUACCGGAAUUAAAUAGUAGUAUAAAUGGUGGAAAUAAUGUUGAUUCAAGAUUCAAUCAUUCAAGAAAUAUCUCAUUAGAUGAACAUAUGUUAAAUUUUAAUAACAACCAAAAUUAUAGUCGUCAAAACCAUUAUAAUCAUCAACAUAACGAUUCAGUUGUUUCAAUAAAUCAAAAUGCACCAAUUGGUAACGACAAUAAUAACAAUAAUUUUAUACCUAAUUCAUUUUCUUCAAAUACUAUAUAUUCAUUAGAUUCAAUUCCAUCAUUUGAAUCUCCAGUUCAACAAUUUCAUCAUUCUAGACAAUUAUCACAAAAUAAUUUACAACCCAUACUACAACAACAGCAGCCGCAACAACAUCAACAAAAUCAAACGUAUCAAAAUCAACAACACUCGCAACAACAAUCUCAACAACAGCAGCACCAUCAAUUCACUUCAACUCCUAGAAGAGCUGGUAGAAAUAAAUCAUUAUCCAUAUCAACAUAUACAACACCAAUGAGAAAUGCACCAUCAUUUUCACCAAUUAAUUUAGCAACAACAGCAUUUAAUAAAGUUUCCAAAACACCAGCAAAAAAUAUAAAGGGUCAUUCAAGAUCAAGAUCAAAAGUAUCAUUAGAUGCAGCAGCAGCGGCAUUAGCUUCAAAAACAAAUUCAGCUCUGUCAUAUAAUUCAUCAGUUUUAAAUCCUUUUUAUACUCCAUCACAAAUGAUUUCAUCAUUUGAAGAUGAUGAUGAUGAUGUUCAUAAUGAACUUUCUUCAAAUACUCCUUUAUUAACUCCUGGUUCAUAUAAAUUAAAAACUUCACAAUCAACUUUUUUCAGUCCUUAUAAACUGAAUGAUAAUCACGCCAAUAGUGAUAAUAAUUAUUUAAAUCCAAAUUUUGAAAAUCAAGAAAAUGAUGCUAUAAAACAAUUAAAAAAGGCAAAAUCUUAUUCAAAUUUAUUAAGAAAACAAAAGAAGGAACAAAAUCAACAACAAACGAAUAGUAAUCAACAACAAAGACCUCAACCUAUAAAUAGUUUUAGUGAAGCAUCCAUAUUAACAAAUGGAAUGUUAUCAAGACCUGCACCGAAAAUAGAUUUAUUAUCGCCUGAAUUUAAACAACAAGAAAUAAACACUAAUGAACAAUCACAAACAUUUAAUCAAACAACAACAAUUCCUUCACCAUUUAAUAAUAAUAACUAUAAUACUAAUUUGGAAAAUAAUAUUAAAAAAGAACAUUCCAAUAGUGUUGAAUAUUCACUGAUUUCUUUAAAUUUAGAUAAUUCAAUUGAUUUCAGUCAACAACAACACCAAGAACAAUUACUUCCACCACAAAAAACUCAAAAAGAUGAACAAGAUGAAGAAGAUGAUGAAUAUGAGAAUACUGAUCAUCAUACUGAUUUUACAUCUACUUCAUCUACUUCAAAUACAACUCCAAGUUUAUUACCUCCAAUGGUUACUUUUUCAACUAAAGAACAUCGUCAACAACAACAUCAACAACAAGGACAAUUACAAAUUGAUCAAGCUGAAGUGAGGAAAACUACUUUAAGUUCCAAAACUAAAAUUAAAACCUCUAAAUCUAAAAAGAAAUCACCAAAUUCUUCAAUAAAGAAAGAAUCAGAUGAGAAAAUUUUAGUUCCCACAUCACAAGAUCAAGAUAAAAAACACUCAAUCCAAGAAUCAAAACCAACAAUCAAUGAAAAAAAACAAGAAGUAAAAACAGACCCAGACCAAAUUAAUGACGAUGAUGAUGAUACAGUAACAAUUCCCAUACCAGAAAAUUUAAAUAUAACAAGACCAAAAGUUCGAAAUAAUAGAUCAGAUAAAGAAUUAAAUAAAACCGAUCCUAAAAAGAAACAUAAAUGUCCCAUAUGUGAUGCAAGAUUUCAAAGACCUGAACAUGUCAAGAGACAUUUAAAAUCUCAUUCUUCAGAAAAACCAUUUCAAUGUAAUGAAUUAAAUUGUGGUAAAAGAUUCAACAGGAAAGACAAUUUAAAAGCUCAUUUGAAAAAGAUUCAUGGGAUUUUAAAUGGAUCUUGA